UGUUGGGGUGGGGGGGAGAAGAACGCAGACUUCACCUUUGAUUCCCCCGUGGUUUAGAUUCUGGCUGAAUGUUUCCGGCUGGAGGCCGGUGCAAAAACAGGUCCUGCCGCACCGCCUCGUGUCCGCGAUGAGCACCUGGGCUUUGCUCCGUUUCCCUGCACCGCUGAUCAGGAUGUGCUUGGGGAACUGGGGACUCGGGCUUCAGGAGAAGCCAGCACUGCUCUUCCCAGGAAUGGCUGCUGCUGUGGUGCAGGUGGCAGGCAGGAAGGACUAUCCUGCUCUGCUUCCCCUGAAUGAGAGUGAGCUUGAAGAACAGUUUGUGAAAGGCCAUGGUCCAGGGGGCCAGGCUACCAACAAAACCAGCAACUGUGUAGUGCUCAAACAUGUGCCCUCCGGCAUUGUGGUCAAGUGCCACCAAACACGGUCAGUGGAGCAAAACAGAAAGAUAGCUCGGAAAAUCCUCCAGGAGAAAGUGGAUAUCCUCUACAAUGGCGAAAACAGCCGUGUCCACAAAGAAAAGCUGGAGGCUGAGAGGAAAAAGCAAGCGAGGAAGAAAAGAGCAAAGGAGACUUUAGAAAAAAAGAAGUUGUUGAAAGAACUAUGGGAAGCAAGUCAACACGUCCCUGAGGAGAGAACUGGUGCUGACGGUGUACCAGGGGGCUUUCGGGAAUAGGGGUGGUAAUGCCUGGCACCAGUAUUGGAGCAUCUAAAGAAAGCGUCCUGGAGGCAGGAGUGGUGGUACACACUGCUGUCUCGGCACUCGGGAGGGCUAGGGCUUGGGCAGAAGCACUUGUCCCGCAAGUGAGUUUGAUCCUCAAAAUCCACAUAAGGGUGGAGGGUCAAAACUGACUCCAGAGUCCUCUGACUUCCUGAUGUACGUUAUUCCCUGUGUGCCCACACUUGUCACACACAAAAAUGAACAAGCAAUACAAGGUUGAGAUGAAAACAGUUUGAAGCCGGGCGGUGGUGGCGCACGCCUUUAAUCCCAGCACUCGGGAGGCAGAGGCAGGCGGAUCUCUGUGAGUUCGAGACCAGCCUGGUCUACAAGAGCUAGUUCCAGGACAGGCUCCAAAACUACAGAGAAACCCUGUCUCGAAAAACCAAAAAAAAUAAAUAAAUAAAUAAAAAAUAAACUGUCAGUGAAGUGGCCCUAAGUUACCUGCUGUGCUUGCUGGUUUUAACAAUUCACACAAGCUAGCAUCACCAGGGAAGUUUUAGUGAGAAAUUAUAAGGAUGUCUGUGGGAAUUAUCUGUAUUGUUAACUAAGUCAGAAAACUCAGCUCAUUGUGGGCAGCAUCAUUCCCUAAGCAGGAACCCAGAAUACAAGAAAGCUAGCUAAGAAAAGCAAGCAGCGAUGCUUUUUACUCUCUUGACUGGAUAUGGUGUGAUACUAUUGGAGCUCCUACCUCGACUUCCCCUAAGAUGACUUACUGUAACUUGAAAUA